AUGGCCAUGGAAUUGGCCGUGGAAAUGGCAUCCAAUGCCGAUUGUCACUGUCAGCAGCAGGAGUCGAACAAUGGCACGUCAACCAACAACCGACUGUGUCAAUGUCGACCAGUGGCUUUGCUUCGAGUUGAUUCCAGAGUGAACACGUUCCCACUUCGAUGCCAUCAACAGCAUCAUAAACAGUCGUCGUCCGAUCUCACGAAUGCUGGCAAUGGCACUGCAUGUAUGCAUGGAAGCCGCAAUACAACCGCCUGGACUAAACAAAGCCUUCGAAAGAUUCAAGUGCAUCACGCGCUGACUCUGAAAUCCUGUCUUGGAUUUCUCCUGUCUCUUCAGGGCAAGCCCCACAAUCAACAGCCGUAUGCUGCCCUCGUCAUUGAUGACAUUGAUUGCUUGGCAUCUUCAUCUGGAGAGAAGGAAAACAAUAGCUCCAUCAGCCACACAGUUUCACAAGUGUUAGCCAUUCUGAUGGAUACCCUCAAUUUCUUACACAUGCCUCCAGCAGUCAUUUGUAUCACAAUGAAGAAUAAGGAUCACAAGUUUCUUUCCACUGGAUUUGGAGCAUCAUUCUUUGACGGCAUUGUCACUCUAACUGACCAUUCGAAGGCGUCAUUGGCUACAGCAUCUGUUACUUCCAAUUUCAACACGCCAUUUUGGAACCGAAUUUGUCAAGCAAACUCUGUGGUCAAGCAGGGAUCCUCUUGGACGGCACAAUUCACACCUAAUGGUAGUGGCUUCUCUGACACGGGGGGAAAGAAGAGAGUGGAGUAUCUAGUUGUAUGCAAUGACAGCGGGAACAAUCAUCGAAUAUUUUGGGCUUGGGAAUAA